AUGUUGACCUGGCAGCAGAUCUGGCGAGGUGUGCAGACGGUCGCGGUGCCCAUUUUGCUGUCUCUCGCGCUGAAUUACUUUGUGGGAAAGUCGAAGGACAAACCGCCUCCGCCGUCGUUGUACCUUCCUAUCCUCAAUGAGAUCGGUUUCGUUCCGCGGACGUUCCCUGUGACCUACCGCGCGGAUGCUCCGGAAUUUGAAGACUAUGAGCGCGUGAAGAACGUCACGACUGGCACGCCCGACACUACCGCAGUGCUGCUGAACUGGGCUCGCUUCCCGAAUGUCUUACUUAUCACCUCGCUUCUGUGUGGCCCGUGGCUGGAUGACACCAUCGCUCAGGUCGUGAUAUGGAACAACAAUCCGACGCACUUGACGUUCAAGGACUUUGAAUACACUGGUUGCACGAAAGAUAAGCUGAAGAUACACAAUGCGCCGGGGAACAUGUACUUUCAGGGUCGAUUCUUUGCCUGUGCAGGAGCGAGUACUCCGUAUUGCUUCAUACAGGAUGAUGACUAUCUGAUACGUCCCGAGAUCAUCCAAACGCUUCGUGCACGAAUCGCGCGCACAAAAGAGCCCCACGCCAUACACCUCCUGCCUCCUCAUGAACACCUAUCCAGCACUCUUCGCGAGAUUCAUGUCCCCAAACCGGAUGACUCCUACCUCUCCGAUAUACAUACGUCCUUCGCGUGGCUCGGUCACGGCACGAUCAUGCAUCGCACCAAAGCAGAGGAGUUUCUCACUCUCCUGCGCUUGCUGCGCUUAUCGAGUGAUGAGAUGAAGAUGGCGGACAACUACUUCACGAUCCUGAGCAAUCGCGUGCCCGAGGUAUGGUUCGACCAGGAUUUCGGGCUCGGAGGCGGCAGCGCGUUUACGGUGGGUGAAGAGGGUAACGAGAGGAACGCGAAACACAUCUACAGGGCUACGCAGUACUUGGACUCUGUUGCGCGUUGUGGGGCUGCGUCGUGCGACUUUACGGUGGACGACGUGAAGAAGACGAAGCGCACGAAGGUGCCGUAUACGUUGCUUGGUGCGCAUCCACCGCCAGCGUCCUGGACCCGUGCACCAUGUAGCGGUGCUACAUGUGUGUUGGAGACCAACAUCAAACUACUUCCGGAUACGAUGAAGCACACGAGUGAUAGUAUUACGAACAUGCUGUCUCUAGAAGCUGAAAACCUCGAAGUAUUGGGUGAAGCGGGCAGGCAGCACUAUCAAGACUACCCACUUUCUCAUGCCGUGGAUACGCACGUCAAAACAGCUUUUCAAAGCUUUGGCAAUGCACAGAAAGGCGAUGUAAUGAGCCUUGACAUUCUCGCCGACAUCAGUGAGGCGCAUGAGUGGCAGGCCGUGGAGAUGGUCUGGCUCGUCAAUGCGGAUACUGAGAAGAUCUUGCAGGCUAGUGUGUUUGAGUCCUCUAUUGACACCGAGCACUGGCGGGGCGCGUCGCAGCGGCCGGUAUGCGAGAGCACAAACAUGGAAGACCCCAUGGCGAGCAGUGAGACGAAGAUAUACUUGCACGAAUGCAGCGUGCAAAUGGUCAUCGCGUCGAAUGCACUGAGUCUGCGUGCGACUGGGCGGCUCUUCAGAGUGCGGCUAUUGGAGGACAUGACUGAGCACUGGACAGUGUAUGAAAUCUGGAUGCGGGGGCUGUGA